AUGGCGAUCUGUACUUAUAACGUACGUACGCUUGCAUCGGAAGCGGCCAUCGAAGAUCUGAUGAUGCAAGCCAGGAAGAUCAAGUACGACGUCAUCGGUCUGACCGAGACGAGACGACGUCACCCUCUCAACGCCGUAUAUGAAAUUGGAGAAAAACUAUUCUUAGGAACAUGCGACAGUAGAGGUGUUGGUGGAGUUGACGUCCUCGUCAACGCGGGUUUGGCAAAGAACAUCGACUCUUUCGAACAACUUACGACCCGAAUAGGACGUCUGCGGAUGAGAAGAUGUGGUCCAACACCAGCUUUGACUAUCUUCGUCGCUUACGCUCCAACAUCAAGCUACGAUGAAGAAGAAGUCGAAGCUUUCUAUAUGGAUCUGGAGAAGUUCCACCGAGAAGACCAUGCCUUCUACAAGGUCAUAAUUGGCGAUUUCAACGCCAAGGUUGGCCCAAGAAGAACGCCGGAGGAACUUCACAUCGGGACCCACGGAUUACAUUGGAACGACCAGGGGGAGAGAGGCAGAAGUCCCAGGACUAUCAUCAACUGGGAUCUCUUCGCUACGCUAGCCGACUUUUGGGAAGGUUCCCCAAUGGACAACAUCGACGAGGAAUAUGACCGGCUUGUUGAACACUUUCACGACUUCACGAAGAAGGCUGAGAGUUUCAAAACCAACAAGAGAAGCCUGUCUCUUGAAACUCUCGAGCUGAUACACGCGCGUGGAGCAGCACGAGCCGCAAGCAACCAAGAACUCACUUCCGUGCUCGCAAGGCUUUGCAGAGAGGCGAUAAAGGAAUACCUUAAAGAGAGAAGAGCAGAAGUGCUGGCUGAUGCUGCAGAGGCGGGGAAAAGCAUCGGCUAUGUCCGUCGAGACUUCGCCAGUCGUAAGACAAGGAUGACUGCUCUCCGGAACCCGAGAGGAACAACCAUUGCAUCGAGAAGGGGGAUGGAGAAAAUCAUCUACGACUUCUACUCUGAUCUCUUCGACAGUUAA